AUGAUCGACGCGAAGUUGAUGAGUGUACCCUCCGAUCCAAAUGUGAUCUUGUAUCCGGUAUUAAAAGAAAAGGUAGCUGUAAAAGUACCGUUCAGAGAAGCGGUUGGUUCAUUAAUAUUUCUCGCAAUCGUGUGUCGUCCUGACAUUGCUUUUGCUGUAAAUUCUGUUAGCAAAUUUCUGAAUAAUUACAGUAAUGAUCACUGGCGUACCGUGAAACAAAUUCUAGCAUAUGUGUCUGGGACAUUAGAGUACGGGAUAGAGUUUCGCGGGGGUGGAAGCGUACUUGAGUUAACUGGGUACUCGGACGCAGAUUACGCAGGCGAUAUUGAAACGCAAAGGUCAACGACGGGCUAUAUCUUCGAGCUCGCGGGAGGUCCGGUUACGUGGGCAAGUCAGAGGCAAAAAUAA